GGGAUUCGAUUCUCUCCCGGCCUCGCUGAGUCACGGAACAUUUGGGGCAUUUUCAAGGACUUUCAGGCACUUUGAAGCUCCCCAAAUCUGGGAGUGAAUCCAAACAGGGGGUGGUUCUCCCCCGGUCCCAGUAACACCAGUGCGUUACUGGUGCUGCACCGCGCCCCUCGCGCGGAGCUUUCCGGGGCGUUUUGGGGGAAAUCACCACUUUUAUCCUUAAUUUCGGCAGCUCCGAAGGAACCGGAGCCCCAGCUGGAAGGAGCCGCUGGAAGGAGGGAUCUCAGCCCCACCUGAGCACAGGUGAUGGGGGGUUGAGUGGGAAUUCAGCUCUUUUAUCGCUAUUUUUGGCAGCUCUGAAGGACCCCAAACCUUCCCCGAGGAGGAGCCGAUGCGAUGGAGCGAGAUCAGCCCCACCUGAGCUCAGACCUGACCACCCCGGACCUGAGGAAGGCUCCGACCCCCGCUGGCCGUGAGGACGCCGACACCGCCGUGAUCGCAGUGGUGAUCACCGUGGUCUUCCUCACGCUGCUGUCGGUGCUGGUGGUGAUCGGGAUUUACCUGUACCGGAACCGGGGCUCGUACCGCACCUACGAACAGGCGGAGCCGCCCCCGCGGGAGGAGCCCCCGGCCAAGGAGAAGGAGGAAUAUUUUAUUUAAGGACGCGCCUGGGAUCCACACAGCUCCCGAAGUUCCCUGGACACAAGUUUUCAGGAAUUAGGAUGCUGUCGGAAUUCCCUGGCAUCACAAUCUGCCCGAAUUUCCCGGAGCUGAGGAUCAAUUUCUUGGAGGUGGGGGAUCUUCCCAAGCUGGGAAUCUGCCUAAAAUCCCUGGAGCUCCACCUGAAUUUCCUGCCUUUGGGGUGGAAACCUGCCUAAAUUCCCUGGGGUGGAGGUUCUGCUUAAAUCUCCUGAAGCUGGGAUCUGCCUGAAUCUCCUGGAGCUUGUGAUCUGCCUCAAUUCCCUGGAGCUGAGGAUCUACAGCUGAUUUGGUUUAUUUUAUUUCAGUUUUUCUCCUUAAUUUAUGAAGCCAACCAUGGAAGGAAUACGUGGGUGCCCGAGGGUAGGAAAAACCUCAAAUACCCCCUAAAAAUUAGUAAGAGGAAGUUCCCAAUGCAGCAGGAAAAAGGAAAGGAGUGAGGAAAGCCCCGUCUGGCAGCAGCCAAAGGGGUUCUCAGAGGCCCAACAGAAAUCUGUUACUUCAUUUAAAUUUUCAAAAUAAUCUUUAUUUUUGGUUUUUAGUAUAAAAACUCCACAGGUUCAGUGCAGCACAGAGAGUCCGAGAGCUGCGCUCGGGAACGGUCAGGGAUGGUCACACACACACACAGAACACAGAUUCAGAUUAAAGUGAAAUAUUAAGAUAAAA